AUGGACGGAGUCACUCCCUCAGAGUCUGAGUGGUUGGCUCAAGUCGCCGCCAUGCGACAAGCUAUUGCCGAGCUGAAACUUCCCAACCAUCCAACCAACGGCAAGCCCAGCUAUGGCAGCGAUUUGGAUUUGGACCUUGACGAGGACUAUUCAUCCCCUUCGACAGCUAACGAUAUCUGGGACCUCAUCAGCUCCGACGAUGAGACAAGCGACGACCUAGACGAUAUCAACGGUGUCUCCCUCUAUCCUACGACGCCGUCGACCUACGAUCAGACGUGGCUGGCAGAUAAGUGUCAAGAUAUAGUGAUUCGAAAGCCUGGGAUGGAUGCCACUGAACUAGCACAGCAGAUUACUGCAACGCUAGCUGCUGACAGUGGCGAUGAUGAGCUACAGAUGUCUCUCGCGGAGAUUGUGGGGUUUGAUGACCUGGACCUAGUAAUCGAUCUGAUUGCGCAUCGGGCUGAGAUCCUGAUGAAUGAAGGAACUGGCAAAACUCAGGCACAAACGGAUGGACUUAUGGCUGAAAAGCUCGAAACUCGCGCUGAACGGGAGCGAACCCUGCGGCAGCAGGACUAUGAGCACAAACAUGCGGCCUUGCUACCGGCUCAAACCAGAAGUGAGCCAAAAUACCCACAUGUUUUUAAAACACACGACUCAAGGAACCUUCUUGCGUUUGGUGGGAAGAAGUAUGGCUUGCCUUCAGGUAGUAGGCAAAUCGAAGAGCAGAGAUACACUGAAUUCGAGAUCCCUGCAUCGAGAGUGGGUACUCUCGCGGCUGACCGAAAGCUGGUUGAGAUUUCGUCUUUGGAUGGCCUUUGUCGAGGUACAUUCAGAGGCUAUAAAACACUCAACCGAAUGCAGAGUUUACUUUAUGAAGUUGCCUACAAAACAAAUGAGAACAUGUUGAUUUGCGCUCCAACCGGUGCUGGUAAAACAGACGCGGCAAUGCUCACUAUUCUAUGCGCUAUCGGCAAGAAUACCAUUCCCAAUCCGCUUGAGGAACCCGAUGCCACUGAGUUCACCGUUCAGGUUGAUGACUUCAAGAUUGUCUACGUCGCACCGAUGAAAGCUCUGGCGGCCGAAGUAACUGAAAAGCUAGGGAAGCGGCUUGCUUGGUUGGGAAUUAAGGUCCGGGAAUUGACGGGCGACAUGCAGCUGACGAAGCGAGAGAUUGUGGAAACCCAGAUCAUCGUUACCACCCCUGAAAAAUGGGAUGUAGUAACACGGAAGAGUACCGGAGACACCGAACUUGUCCAGAAGGUGCGACUUCUGAUUAUUGACGAAGUCCAUAUGCUCCAUGAUGAGCGUGGCGCGGUCAUUGAGUCUCUAGUAGCAAGGACACAGCGCCAAGUCGAGAGUACACAAUCACUCAUCCGAAUUGUCGGUCUUUCGGCAACGUUGCCGAACUAUACCGAUGUGGCUGAUUUUCUCAAAGUGAAUAAAAUGGCCGGAUUGUUCUUCUUCGACAGCUCUUUCCGGCCGGUUCCCCUUGAACAACAUUUCGUUGGAGUCAAGGGGAAGCCAGGUUCCAAGCAAUCACGUGAAAACCUUGACAUUGUCGCCUUUGAGAAGGUCAGAGAUAUGCUCAGGCAAGGUCACCAAGUUAUGGUCUUUGUUCAUUCUCGAAAGGAUACUGUUUUGACCGCCCGGAUGCUGCAUCAGAUGGCUGCUGAUGAUGCCUGCGAGAAUCUCUUCAGUUGCCACGAGCAUGAAGAUUACUCGGCGGCUGUUCGGGAUAUGAAACAUGCCCGUGCUCGCGAGCUGCGAGACUUGUUCGUCAAUGGCCUAGGGAUUCAUCAUGCUGGGUUGACACGAAGCGAUAGGAACUUAAUGGAACGACUAUUUUCACAGGGCCUGAUCAAGGUUCUCUGCUGUACGGCAACUCUUGCUUGGGGUGUUAACCUUCCAGCCGCAGCGGUUGUCAUCAAAGGAACCCAAAUUUAUAACCCACAAGAAGGUAAAUUUGUCGAUCUGGGUAUCCUUGAUGUUUUACAGAUUUUCGGUCGUGCGGGCCGUCCUCAAUUUCAAGAUACCGGUAUUGGCUUCAUUUGUACCACCCACGACAAACUUCAGCAUUACGUCUCUGCUGUUACUGCUCAGCAACCAAUUGAGUCCCGUUUCUCCAGCAAACUGGUCGAUAACUUGAAUGCAGAGAUUUCUCUUGGUACGGUUACUUCUGUAUCCGAAGCAGUACAAUGGCUGGGAUAUUCUUACCUUUUCGUGCGCAUGAAGCGGGAGCCUCGGCACUAUGGAAUCGAAUGGGCAGAAAUACGCGACGACCCAAUGCUAGUCUUAAGGCGUCGCCAGCUAAUAAUUCAGGCUGCACACGUACUACAGAAGAGCCAGAUGAUCAUUUUCAAUGAAAGAACUGAGGAACUGCGUGCAAAGGAUGUCGGCCGGAUUGCGAGUCAAUACUACGUUUUGCAGACGAGCAUUGAGAUUUUCAAUGAGUUAAUGCGUCCUCGGUCGAGCGAAGCAGAUGUGCUGAGAAUGAUCAGCAUGAGCGGUGAAUUCGACAAUAUUCAGUCGAGGGAGAACGAGUCAAGAGAACUGACAAGGCUUCAAGAGGAAGCUGUUCAGACAGAGGUGGAAGGAGGGAAUGAUUCCCCUCAUGUUAAAACCAACAUCUUGUUGCAAUCUUACAUCUCCCGGGCGAAGAUCGAAGAUUUCGCCUUGGUCUCUGAUUCUUUAUAUGUCGCACAAAAUUCGGCUCGUAUUUGCCGCGCACUCUUCAUGAUUGCAUUGAAUCGUCGAUGGGGCUAUCAAUGCCAAGUUCUCUUGUCACUCUGCAAAUCAAUCGAGAAGCAGAUUUGGCCUUUUGACCAUCCAUUCCACCAAUUUGAUCUUCCCCAGCCCAUUCUCAGGAACUUGGACGAGAAACUGCCAACUUCUUCGGUCGAUUCUAUGAGAGAUAUGGAACCUGCAGAGAUAGGACAGCUUGUGCAUAAUCACCGCAUGGGAAAGACAUUAUCCAAGUUGCUAGACAAUUUUCCUACUCUGAGCGUCGAGGCUGAGAUUGCACCUUUGAAUCGAGAUGUCCUGCGUAUCUGUCUACGCAUCUAUCCGGAAUUCAGCUGGAAUGAUAGACACCAUGGCACAUCGGAAUCAUUCUGGAUCUGGGUUGAAAAUUCAGAGACCUCCGAGAUCUAUCAUCACGAGUUUUUCAUCAUCAGCCGAAAGAAGCUCUAUGAUGAGCAUGAGCUCAAUUUCACAAUUCCAUUAUCUGAUCCACUGCCUAGUCAAAUCUAUGUGCGUGCUAUCUCUGAUCGAUGGCUCGGCGCGGAGACAGUGACCCCGAUUUCCUUUCAACACUUGAUCCGUCCGGAUACAGAGAGCGUUUACACAGAUCUUCUUAAUCUUCAGCCCUUACCUAUAUCGGCGUUGAAAAACCCUAUUCUUGAGGAAAUUUACGGACAGCGCUUUCAGUAUUUUAACCCCAUGCAGACGCAGAUUUUUCACUUGCUUUACCAUACUCCGGCAAAUGUUCUGCUUGGGUCUCCAACAGGAAGUGGAAAGACUGUGGCUGCAGAAUUGGCAAUGUGGUGGGCAUUCAGAGAAAAGCCAGGAUCUAAGGUGGUGUAUAUUGCCCCCAUGAAGGCCCUCGUUCGCGAACGGGUUGACGACUGGAGGAAACGUCUCACUGCGCUAAUGGGAUUAAAACUGGUUGAAUUGACUGGUGACAAUACCCCUGAUACACGAACGAUUAGAGAUGCCGAUAUUAUUAUUACGACGCCUGAGAAGUGGGACGGUAUUUCCCGAAGCUGGCAGACAAGAGAUUACGUGCGGAAAGUGAGCCUAGUGAUCAUUGAUGAAAUCCAUCUGUUAGGUGGUGAUCGAGGGCCCAUUCUGGAGAUUAUUGUCUCCCGAAUGAAUUACAUCGCUUCUCAGUCGAAAGGAUCUGUUCGAUUGAUGGGCAUGUCUACUGCCUGUGCCAACGCCACUGACCUGGCAAAUUGGCUUGGAGUCAAAGAAGGGUUGUUUAACUUUCGACACUCUGUCCGACCCGUUCCUCUUGAGAUUUACAUUGAUGGGUUCCCUGAGCAGCGUGGUUUCUCUCCAUUUAUGCAAUCUAUGAAUCGGCCGACUUUCCUUGCCAUCAAGAAUCAUUCCCCAGAUAAGCCUGUCAUUGUCUUUGUCGCUUCUCGAAGACAGACACGGCUGACAGCCAAGGAUCUAAUCAACUAUUGCGGUAUGGAGGACGAUCCGCGUCGAUUCGUCCGCAUGUCUGAAGAGGACCUCCAGUUAAAUCUGGCCCGAGUUAAAGAUGACGCUUUACGAGAGGCACUCAGUUUUGGUAUCGGUCUUCAUCAUGCGGGUUUGGUCGAGUCGGACCGCCAACUUUCGGAAGAACUCUUCGCAAAUAACAAAAUACAGAUUCUCGUGGCGACCAGUACACUUGCUUGGGGUGUCAACCUCCCAGCACACCUUGUAGUGGUUAAGGGGACUCAAUUCUUUGAUGCUAAAAUAGAGGGAUAUAAGGAUAUGGAUCUCACGGAUGUCCUGCAGAUGUUGGGCCGUGCAGGAAGACCGCAAUUCGACUCAUCCGGUAUUGCACGAAUCUUCACCCAAGAGUCGAAGAAAGCAUUUUAUAAACACUUUCUCCAUACUGGUUUUCCAGUCGAAUCUACUCUCCACAAAGUGCUGGACAACCACUUGGGUGCCGAGGUUUCGGCAGGAACCAUUACGACGAAACAGGAUGCCCUUGACUAUUUGACCUGGACAUUUUUCUUCCGUCGACUUCACAAGAACCCGUCUUAUUACGGCCUUGAGAUCUCGGCUGAAGAGCAUAACACAAUAGCCGCGCAGACCAUCGCUCAGGAUUUCAUGAUUGACUUAGUUGACAAGGCAUUAGAUGAACUGUCCCAGUCGUCCUGCGUCGUCUUAGACUCGGCCACCGGCGACAUCGACUCAACGCCUUUCGGUAAAAUCAUGAGUUACUACUAUCUUUCCCAUAAAACGAUCCGAUACCUAAUGACACACGCAAAGCGCAAUCCUACCUUCCAUGACGUGCUAAGCUGGAUGUGUUCUGCCUCCGAAUUCGACGAACUACCCGUGCGACACAACGAAGAUCUCAUCAAUGCUGAGCUAGCCCGCCAUCUUCCCCUUUCUGUUGAAUCGAUGGGCGAUUUGCCUCUCUGGGAUCCUCACGUGAAGGCUUUCCUUCUCUUGCAAGCGUACAUGUCCAGGAUUGAUCUUCCAGUCUCCGAUUACGUCGGUGAUCAAACAUCGGUCUUAGACCAGGGUAUCCGUGUAAUUCAGGCGUCUAUCGACGUCAUGGCCGAAUUGGGCUAUCUACCCGCUUGCUGCAUGUUCAUGACUUUGUUACAGUGUAUCAAAUCAGCACAGUGGCCCGAGGAUGAUCCUCUUUCCAUACUCCCUGGCGUAAGGUUCGAGGAAAAGCAACGCUCUUCCUUGCCGGAUAAUCUUAUAGGGCUAUCAUCGCUACCAGCGGCCUCCCUAUCCACCUUAACAAGGAAGUUACAUCUUCCCGGCCAAUUCCUCAAAGCAGUGUCAUAUCUGCCAAACUUAACCGUCUCCAUCCCAGAUGUCUCUGCAACUGGUUUGCUCGUCUCCUUGACGAGGCGAAAUUCUACCACAGACCCAGAAUAUAGGAUUUACGCCCCGCGUUUUCCCAAGCCUCAAACAGAGGGUUACUUCCUCAUCGUGUCAUCUGCUACUUUGGACGGAACAGAUGGAGAACUCCUGGCUCUGAAACGUGUAUCCUGGCAAUCCCUCACGAAAAAUGGCCGCGGCACAAAUGGCGAUAGCAGUGCCCAAUCUAGUCGCAAGAGCUGGAAUGCUAACAACCAAAAACGUGGUGCUCUGACUAUCCGAUCCUCUAUCAAAUUCCCAGGUAGCUUGUUUGUGGAUGGUAACGGGGCUGUUGCUGGACAGAAGGUCAAUGUUAGAGUCAUAAGCGACUCAUACCUCGGUAUGGAAUGGGUUGUUUCCAGUGUGGAACUUGUUCCUGCGACACAAGUACUGGACGAAUCGUCCAGCUAUCCUGUCAAGGAAUAG